UGUACGUACGACAGCUUCGUCAGUUUACUACGUCACAUAGCUGGGAACAUGAAAUUGCCCACAGCAUGCCACAUUUAAAAGACAGUACCUGACUUUACGAGAUCGUAAACACGAUUCGGGGAUACAAAAUGAAUAUAUUAGUGAAUAAAGUGCGACAAAUGCAGUCUGAUUGUUUUGAUAGCUAGAGAGGUUGGCUUAAAACGUAGGUUGCAUCAUCUUUUCCGGAAUGAAGCUCAGCGGUGUCACCACACUGAAAGUUCUGCUAUACUGGCCGAAUAUUAUUGGAUACAUUAGGAUCGGGCUUGUGUUUGCUGCAUGGGCAGCCUAUGAGACACCAGCAGUCUUUGUCUGUCUUUACUCAGUCUCCAUAACACUUGAUGGAGUGGACGGCUGGCUAGCGAGGAAGCUUGGCCAGUGCUCCAGGUUUGGGGCCUGGCUGGAUGUAGUGGUGGAUAACCUGGGCAGAGGCAUGCUGUGGAGUCUGCUGUUUAAGUGGGGUUGGCUGGUGUCUGCACUGGAGUGGUGUGUGUUUGUGUGUAACCACAACACUAGAGGCGACCACUGGAAGAACAGCUUCACCACCAGCCCUCGAUUUGUACGAGCCAUCAUGGCGAACGGGUUUCGGACACCUCUGGGCACAUGGGUGGUGAGUGGGCUGCACUGCCUCCCACUGUGGCUAUAUGGGAGUCAGCGGGGUUUACUGGCCCACUGGCUCUAUCUGCAUCCCUGGACCCAGGCCCUGGGGACUUUGCUGCUAGCUACAGGACGCCUGCUGGCUCUGUCAGUGGAGAUAUGGUGCAUAUGGACACAUGUUGGAUACCUCACCAAUGAUGAAGAGCCAGAAGAGAAAAAGAAGUGAAAGCUGCUGAGUCAGAGUCAGCUCAUACUGUCCUGUGAACAGUGGCCUCAGGUCACAUUUGGUUUUCAGCCAUUGCUGUGAGAGAAUGUGGUAACAUGAGCUACAUUUUGACUUCUUGUGCUUCUUCCACAAACAAUGUGUAUUUAUUUCAGAAAUUAUCGACAAGAUCGGAUGUAUCUGGGCGCUUAGUUUUAAAUAUGUGGCUGUUUUAGUGAUACAAGAUGAAAUCGCUUGACAGCAAGAACAACAUGAGCCUGAGAUCUGGGGCCUCAUUUAUAAAACAGCCUUACGAUCCAUUUUGACUUUAGUAGUAUUUACUUUAGAACUUUUUAUUUAUUAAACCUUGGAAAUGUGAAAAUGAUCUUAUCACUAAGCAAAGUAUAGGAUGGAUAUAAGUGAUUUUCCGGCAGAUUAUGUAGAGAUGUUGCAGUUUGGGGUAUGUUUAAACAUGUCAGGAGCUUUGUGUGAGCUUUAUGGACAGUCUGAGAGGGUUUCAGUUAAACCUGUGAGGGAUAAAGUGCCAGGCCAUUUUUCUUUUCCUGAUGAUAACAUUUGUGCUGUCUUUAUAUAAGAGGAAAUAAAAAAAGCACAUGCUGUCAUUUAAAGUUGAUUUGGGAUUUAUAGAUCACAGGUACGCAAGGUACCAAUGGGAUCUUUAGAAGAUGCUUAAGCAAGGUUCUUUUAUGCUCAGACCAAGACUAAGUUCAAGUAUAAUUCUAAGAACAUUUUUAUAAAUGAGGCCCCUGCAUUUCUCUUUUUAAACGAGUGAACAUGUUUGAUUUUGUGUAUGGCUGCCAAGAAACAAGAUGCAUCCCUUCUUACCACCAUUACUAUGACAAUGUGUGUAUUUUCUCACUGUCUGUUACAACACACACUUGAAAAAAAAGCAGCUUUGGUUUGUUGAACUGUUAAAAGGAACAUGGGUAUUAUUUUUGUUAAUUAUAGUGAACGUAAUAGUAAAAACUGAGAAAACAAAAAAACUUCAGCAGGUCAGUGAGAAGUGUGCUUGCUUUAUGAAAUGACAACAGCAACCAAAGAGGGAGGCUUAUUGUAUGUAUAAGUUGCACUAAUAUUUAUCAGGGUUCUUCAAGGGAUUCGGUGUGAAACUGUAACAACAGUCCAGCGUACUAUACACCAGCAAAACAUGAGGAUAUAAAUGUUUAAGAAUGUGUUGAAUAUCUUAGCCGAAGCAACUACAAGAGUUUAUCACUUUGGGAACCUCAUAAAUCCAGUUUGUUUUUAGCAAAAGGCUUACUCUGAGAUUGGAACGUCCAGAAACCAUCUCAACCAUUAAAAAUGCUAAAUGCUUCUACCUCAAUCAAGGCUGUGUAUCGAGGUUUUAGUUCCAAGACUUUCAUGUGAUGGCAAUCAUAUUUAAUGUCUAACUGUUAGGAAAUAUGUUCGAGAAUGACUUAAAUGGAUCUGGCUACUGUUUGUCUUUAAAAUAUAUUUUUCUAUUUAUUGAUGGGAUGAGUAGAUAGAUGGAUGGAAGGAUGUGACGACUGUUAAAAAGGAUGAGCUGUAUUUGUAUCAGUUUAUUAUUAUUAUUUGUCUGCUGUGUCGAGACAAAAAGCUGUCCCAGUAACUGGAAAUGAUGUGCAAGUGCUUCCCAAGAAAUAUGUGGUGUUGUAAUAAAGGCCCAUCACAUCAUAA